AUGGGCCCCGGAAUCCACCCUCACACCCUCCCUCCCCGUCCCCAACGAUCCCAACCCAAGCCGGCCACCACCAGAACCCACAAACUAGCUCGAGACAACCUCUACCACCCCCGCGGCAACACCUACUUCUUCAAAUCCCAAUUCCUCACCACCCUCCCCUACCCUUCGGGCUCUUACGCCGGAAAAAACAUCAUAGUAACCGGCUCCAACACCGGUCUCGGUCUCGAAGCCGCCCGUCACUUUGUUCGGCUCGGGUGCAGCCGCAUGAUUCUCGCUGUGCGGAACCUCGAAAAGGGCAACCAGGCCAAAGCCUCCAUUGAGCACUCAACUGGUUGUUCCGAAGGAAUUAUCUCAGUCUGGGAACUCGACCUAUGUUCUUACAGCAGCGUGCAAUCAUUCGCUUCUCGCGUAUCUGCGGAGUUGGAGAGGGUAGAUAUCUUGCUGCUUAACGCGGGUGUUUGUGCUUUGAAAGGACCGUGGCGGAUUGUGGAAGAAGAUGAGGAGGCGAUAACCGUCAAUGUCGUCACCACCUUCCUCUUGGCCUUUCUACUGUUUCCCAAGUUGAGAGAAACUGCCCGCUUGUUCCCCGACACAGUCAGUCCAGGACCAACGAUGACGGUGGUUACAUCCCUCGCCCAUACCUAUACGGACUUCCGCCUUUCCCGGACUGCACCCGAGGGACAGCUUUUCAAGAGUCUCAGUUCACCCGAUAGGCCGGAAGCGAUGUUCGACGACCACACAGAUCAAUACUUCAUUUCCAAACUUUUACAGAUCUUCCUUGUCCGGGCGAUGGCGGCGGAGUGUCCUGUGGAGAAAACGGGGGUGACGAUUAAUUGUGUUCAGCCGGGAUUCGUCAAGUCGGGGCUUUUCAAGUUUGAGAGCCACGUACAUGGGCUGUUCGCGGUGGCGUUUGGGAUGGCGAUGAAUGGGCUGGUGGCUAGGUCGACAGAGUGUGGGAGUAGGACUUUGAUGCAUGCUGCUAGUCAGGGCGGAAAAGAGAGCGGAACGCAUGGGGGGUAUUUGUCGGAUUGUAUGAUGGAUGAGCCGGGUGAGUUCGUGACGGGGGAGGAGGGGAGGGUGGUGCAGGAGAGGGUGUGGAGGGAGUUGAGGGGGAAGGUGGAGGGGGUUUGUCCGGGGGUUCUGAAGGGGUUGGAGGUUUGA